AGCGUGUCCUUUUUCAUAAGGGAAGGGAAGGGACGUUUUGAAUUUCGUUUCUCUGUCCAGCCCGCCGGCCUGCCAACCCGCCGGCCCGCCCAACCAACGGUCGGAAGUGUCCAAAAGUCAAACCAUCCGGUUUUGGAGGCAACUCUCUCUUUCUCUUCCUGCCCGCAUAAACCCUAGUGAAACCAGAGAAGACCGACCAUUUUGUCUCUCUACUCCAAACCACCCGGAUACCCGAAGAAUUGUUCAUCUUCCAAUGGAUGCAGAAGAGCAAAACUCCCCCAGAACACCAUCUUUAAGAACCACCUCCUCCUCCUCUCUCCCACUCGAGCUCCUCGCUCUCCACCACGGCAAAGCCCUGAUCCCCCAAAUCCCUGAAAUCAUGUCCAUUGUCACAAAUGGUCUCUCUCUAGGUUCCCCAUCCCUGCGUUCCUCUUGUUCUAGGGUUGUCUCUUCUCUCUCUAGAUAUACCCUGAACCCCACAGACCCCACUCAAGAAACUGAAGCUAUCUUAAUGGGGAUUUCAUCUCCCUUACUGGAUGGGCUCCUUGGCAUUGAAAACCCUAACUUUGCGGAGGGUUGUGCUGAUUGCCUGCAAAGGCUUGUUCAAUCAGAGGCAUGGUCUCAUGCGCCUGUAACAGUGGUGAACCAGGUUUGUUUGAGAGUAGCUGGAGCUCUUCAAGCCGUUGAAACUCGAUCAAUUUCACACAUGAAGUUGGUUUGCGCUCUAGCUGAGACUAAUGGUUUCAUUCUUGAGGCCUAUGGCUCUGCGAUCCUGAAAUCUAUAGCCAAGAUCCUACGAGAGGCCAGAUCGACGGCCGAGAUCUUCCAUGCAUUGCAGGUGGUGAACUUCUUGAUGAGGUGUAUUGAUGUUGGGGUUCUUGAAUCGGAGGUUUCAGCUUGUAUUCAUGAGAUUAAGAGAUUAGAAUUCGGUCGAGACCCUUCUUUAAUCUCUCUGGUUUCAGAUAUUUUUAGGGUUGCCAAAGUCCUAUUUCCCGAUGUUGAUUUUGGGUUCGAUUAUGGUUUUGAAGGAGAAUUCAAAGGAGAUGAAGAGUGGGUUUUUGAUGAAAGAAAUGUUUCAGUUUUUGAUACUCUCUCAGAACCUGGUUCACCUAUUUUUUCUGGAAAUGCCCUUGGUCACAGACCUUCAAUUGAGAGUGUGAAUAAGAUAAUGGACAUCAAAGAAGAGAGAUUAGAUGGCAAUUUAGAGGAGUUGCAGAAAGAGAGGAGCCCCUUGUGGACUGAGAGUACACAAAGGAGCCAUUCUUCCUCUGCAAGUUCUUCAUUCCAUUUAGAAACUGAACCAGAGAAAUACAUGGGGGAUAAUAAGCCGGAGAUGUGCGGUAAUUUGGAUGCCAAGAAAUUCAUGAGAUUUUCAGUAUGUACUUUUAGUGGGGCAUUUUUGGCGAGUUUCGCUAUUAUUGCUUCAAUGGUGGCAAUGAAUUUGUUUUUCGAUCAUAGAAACAUUGAUGGGUUGAUUCCAACUUGAAUUUCAGGAUCGGUAAGGCAUCAAUGGAUGGGAAAGUAUUGAAAACAGAAGUGAAGGGUGGUGGCAGCUGUGCUUAAGGUGGGUGGCAGAUUGAGGGCCUGAAGCCUGAGGUUAAGAAGUUUGAGAAUCCGCCUUCCAAAACUUCGGCAGUAUGUUUUGGUGAUUUCAAUGAUAUGAUGUAUUCAUCAUUUUGUGUAUUUUGGGUUAGUAGUGCCUUAGCGAACUUGUAAAGACUUGUGAUUUGGGAAGAAAUGAAUUGGCUGUAUUUUUUUUUUGG